AUGAGUAAAUAUUCACCUUAUAACAAUACUUACAUCUCUGGAAUAUUUUCCAGGGUUUUAAAAUACACAGACAAUCGUCGUGAAGCUCCAAUAGCUAAACACAAUGCUACACUUGAGAAAAUAUCCGAAUUGCAAGAAAUCUUUGGCAAAUUGAAUGAUGCCAUUGCACAGAAGCGCCCAAGGAGGUAUUACAAUAUAGUGGAAACAAUUUCGAAAAGGACUGGCCAUUAUCUAGUGGGUAAGAUGAAGUCAGAAUCAUCUCUGAUUCCCUUUGUCUUUUUCAUAAUUAUUGCCACUUCUACAAUCAUUUUAGGGUGCUUCAUGUCGGUACAAUCCAUUCCAGCUACCGCUUUACCUCCAACGGAUCAACAUUCUCUUUUCGAUCAAACCGAUUUAACGAUCGAUCAAGAGCAUGAGAUCAUGGUAGUGAAGGAGAAAAACGGUAAGAAGGAAGUUUUGCCAUUAAAGGAAAAGAAGGAAAAAGAUUCAGAUUUGUUGGAAAUUAGUGAAAAAUAUAUUAUAAUCAUACCCGUAUUCUGCACCUUUGGUUUACUCUCACUAUAUUUCUUACUUUCCCAAACAAAUCUGUCAUUUCUACUAGACAGAUUUUUACAAUUUUUCCAUGUUGUAGCUGGAUUGUCCAGCACUACUACCGGUGUACAAGUUUGUUCAUACGUAAUUUCAUCUAUUAUAAGGAACGUAUGCCAUUGGACGCAUACAAAGUCAUCCAAAAUUCUACCUACAUACAGAUUAACUUUAUCGAAAUCAGACAAAAAUUUUUCAAGGACGGUUCUAGUUAAAGAUGAAGUGGGUGGUAUCAAAUUUAGUUGGGUUACAAUAUUGUCAACUGUCUGUUCCUGCUUACUUACUGUUGCCUUUUAUUUGUAUCCCACCAAUUGGUUAGUUACCAAUCUGGUAGGUAUAAAUCUAGCUCUCAAUCAUAUCAUUACAAUUCAAUUGAAGAACUUAAGAACUGGUGUCUUUAUUCUUAUUGCACUAUUCCUAUAUGAUAUUUUUUUCGUUUUCGGUUCCAACAUUAUGUUGACUGUAGCCACUCAAAUCAAAUUACCUGCUAAAGUUUCCCUACCAAUCUAUUUUGACACUGCCCAAAAUGAUUUUGAAUAUGCAUUCUUGGGAUUAGGAGAUAUAGCACUCCCUGCAGUAUUCAUCUCUCUAUGUUACAAAUUUGACAUUUGGAAAUGGCAUUACGAUCAUCCCAGAAGUGAAUUCCAUUUAUUGCGUUGGUGUUAUGUGGGUAAAUAUUUUAUUACUGCCAUGGUAAGUUAUGUGAGUGCUUUGUUGACUUGCUUGGUAUUUUUAGUCAAAUCUGGGAGAGCCCAACCUGCUUUAUUAUACAUCGUUCCAUAUUUAUUAACUUCUAUAAUUGGGUUGGCUUGGUAUGAAGGAGAAUUGAAACAAUUUUGGACCUUUAGAUACAACGUUAUUGAAAUUGAUGCAGAAAAGGGACAGAUUUCUCCAGAUACCGGUAAUUUGUAUUACAGCGGUUUGGGAGACGGCAUUGAAUAUCUUGGGGAGCAUUUUAUCGUCGAUGAAGCACUGGAUUACGACGACGAUGAUGCCGAUGAGGCAUUCGAUGACGAAGGUGAUGAUGACGAUUUCGAGAAGGACAUGAACAUUGGUACAGGUACCACCUUUAUGGAAGAGCUCCAAUUGGCUGUGGACGAGGGAAACGACUUUGACGACCCGGACUUCAUUUAUCGUUCCGGAGAUGACGCCUAG